AUGGCUAAUCCUCCUAAUGCCCACUCAGCCUGGCUCCAGGACCAAUUCCUGGGCGGGAUUCCCUCAUUUCAUUUUGACCGGUCGACAGUUGCGCUAACUUUGGCCGCUGUUGUUAUGGUUCCGGUGAUCGCUAGCUAUAUUCUUAGCGGCCGCAAAGAUGACAAAGUUCCAUUGAUCAACCCGCGAGGGCUGUUCGAAUUAAGUCUCAUAAAAAACGUGGAAUUCAUGACCACGGGUAUGGGUCUUUUUCACGAGGGUAAAAAACGUUUUCCGGGACAGCCUUUCAAGCUUUUGAGCAACGUCGGUCCCGUGACUAUUUUGCCUCCUGAUCGGGCGAAUGAGGUCAAGAGCCUGCCGACAUUGAACUUUCGCAAGGCAUUUGCCUAUGCUCUCCCUCCUGGUUGCCCGGGCAGAGAUGUUUUUUGGCUGCUCGACCACCCGAACGAGAUCGUGCAAAAGAUUGUCAUGAAGCAUUUGACAAAACGCCUUAACACCGUCACAGGGCCGAUGGCUUUGGAGGCCGCCUUUGCUAUCGACAAGGUUUUUGGGAACAAUCCCGACUGGACCGAGGUCACAAUUUAUAACAAUAUCACGCAAAUCGUCGCCCGGAUCUCCUCCCGCGUGUUCCUAGGACCCGAGCUUUGUCGGAACGAGGAAUGGCUCGACGUAACUAUCAAAAACGCCAUGGUGUCCUUUGGGAUUUUGAUGUCGGUGCGCUGCUUCCCCAGCUGGCUGAGGUCGCUCAUCUUUUGGACCAGCAAGCCCGGCAAGGAAUUCCGGGCAUUGUAUGCCAGCGCGUGCAACAUUGUGGAGCCGGUCGUUGAGCGCCGGCGCAAGGAGCGUAAGGAAUGCGAGGCAAAGGGGGUGGCCCCGCCCGUGUACAACGACGUUAUUGAAUGGGUCGAGAUCGAGGCCAAAGGCGAUCCCACGUGCAGAACAACGGGCGUGCAGCUCGUCUUCUCGACCGCGGCCAUCCACACCACGGCGGACCUGUUCACCUAUACCCUGAUACAGCUGGCGGCCAACCCGCAUCACAUCGAUGCGCUGAGGAAAGAGAUAUUGGAAACCCUCCCCGUCAACGGGUGGAAAAAAGUAUCGCUCUCGUCGCUCAAGCUACUGGACAGCACUAUCAAGGAAGCCCAGAGGCUCAAGCCCGUCCAGGCCAACUCUAUGCAGCGGAUGGUGACGAAAGACACCGAGAUCGAAGGCGGAUAUGUGCUGCGCAAGGGCGAAGUUGUCAGCGUCGACGCCAGCAGGGUUUGGGACCCGGCCAGGUUCGAAAACCCGAGAUGUUUUGACCCCUACCGGUUUUUCGAGGCCCGCAAAAAGCCUGGCGGUGAAAACAUCUCGCAGCUCGUGUCGGCCACGGCCGACCACCUACCUUUUGGGUACGGCAAAUACGCCUGCCCGGGCCGCUUCUUCGUCGCCCACGAGGUCAAGCUGGCAUUUUGCUACCUGCUUUUGAAAUACGAUUGGAAAAUAUCUGGAAACAAUGCAGCUUCCUUCACCAUUGAUGCGGGCCUCGAUACUUUGGUCAAUCCGCAGGUUAAACUUGUAUAUCGACGGCGCAAGGAGGAGAUUGAUCUAGACUCGUUGGCCGGAAUCCUCCAGGGGCUCCGCACUGCAACAUCAGCAUGGUAUGCUCCGUACGUUGUCACGGCCUUGCUUUUAGCCAUUGCCGCAUACACCUCGCAGGAUAAAUACCCAGCUGUUCCUUGGCUGAACCCGAAAGGUUACAUCGAUUUGAUGGCAUUCGUACCGCGCUACAAAUUCUUCAUGAAUCCUCGAGAAACACUGAAAGAAGGCACAAAACGGUUCGGAGAUAAACCUUACAAACUCAAUACGGAGCACGGUCCCGUGCUCUUACUCCCGCACAAGUACGUGGCCGAGGUGAAAAGUGAGCGAAACCUCAAUUUCACGGCCGCAGCUGGAGAUUAUGUUCAUAAUUAUCUUCCGGGCUUUGAACCACUUAGCGCGCCCAAAGAAUUGCCUUUCAUUGUCAACCAAUAUUUGACGAAACCGCUGUCGACCUUGACGAGGCCAUUAUCACUUGAGGCUACUGAAAGUCUAAAGGAUGUGUUUAUGGAAUCCGAGGAAUGGACCGAAAUAACCCCUGCCAGCAUCACUAUGGUCGUCUCCCGGAUGUCGUCUCGAAUCUUCAUGCAGGAGCUUUGUACAGACAUGGAUUGGAUCAAGGCCUCCUCCGAAUACGUAGUCAAUAUCUUCCAUUUUGGGUUUCUGCUCGGGGUGUGUCCAAAGUUCUUGCGGCGCAUCGUGAACCGAUAUCACCCACGAGCCUUGAAGAACCGCCAGCUACUCCAGCGCUGCCGGGACAUAUUGCAGCCGCAUUUGGAUAAGCGCAAUGCCGUUAUCAAAGAAGCCGAGGCUCGCGGCGAAAAGAACCCAUACAACGAUUCGAUCGAAUGGUAUAAAAAGGAAGUUAAAAGUAGAAAGGUCGACCAGGCAGUGGAGCAGAUAUCGCUUUCCCUCGUGGCGGUACACACCACUUCGGACCUUUUGGGGCAAACCGUAGUCGACAUUGCGAGGCACCCGGAGCUUUUUGCUCCUCUGCGUCAGGAGGUUAUCGACGUGCUGGGUGCAGAGGGUUUAACGAAAGCGGCGUUCCAGAAGUUGGUAUUAAUGGAUAGCUGUUUCAAGGAAACCCAAAGGAUAAGACCAAUCUUUAACACAUUCUUCCAGAGAAAAGCCCUUAAAAACGUCACACUGAGCGACGGUUUCGUUAUCAAAAAGGGCACCAACGUCGCAGUGGACGCCGUUCUCAUGGAAGACGAAAACAUUUGGCCAGAACCGCACCGCUACAACCCCCAUCGUUUUGUCGAGAUGCGCAAAACGCGGGGUGAGGAGAGCAAAUCGCACCUGGUCAGCGUCAGCGCCCAUCAUUUUGCCUUUGGCCACGGUGUCCACGCCUGUCCCGGUCGCUUUUUCGCCGCCGUAGAGCUCAAGAUCGCCCUGGCGCAUAUGCUCCUCAAAUACGACUGGAAGCUGGCCCCGGGCAGCGAGGAUAUCGGUCCCGCCGCCCACGGAAUCAACUUUAACCUCAACCCCGACAUUAAGCUUUUGGUCCGCCGUAGGGAGCAGGAGUUGGACCUGGACUCGCUGGCCUGUUGA